ACCGCAAGGCUCGAGCAAAUCAACAAAAUCAACGGCCCAGAUCUAGUCUCGUGUCCCGCAACCUUAUAUAGCUCGCUCUUAUCCCAACCCCAAAACCCUACUUUACUCUCUGUUAUUAGUUCGGUCACUCAUCUGAAAGUUUCGGGAGAUUUCAUUUUCAUUUAUAUUUUUGUUUUUGGGGUUUCGGAGAUCAUGGCUGACCAGUCGGAGAGUGCCGGUUCGACGGUGGAGCACGAGAAGUCACUGAUGGAGAAGAUCAGCGAGAAGAUCCACGAUCAUAACUCGUCGUCUUCGUCGUCAUCUGACUCGGAUAACGAGAAACCGGAGUCGCCCAAGUCUGAGAAGCCCAAGGUUUUCAGGAUUUUCGGGAGGGAGAAACCAGUUCACCAUGUUUUCGGUGGAGGAAAGCCUGCUGAUGUGUUCUUGUGGAGAAACAAGAAGGUUUCAGCUGGUGUUCUUGGUGGAGCCACUGCAGUCUGGGUCCUUUUUGAGUUGCUUGAGUACCACCUACUUACUCUUGUUGGCCACAUUUUGAUUGGUACCCUUGCGGUCUUGUUCCUCUGGUCCAAUGCUCAUUCUUUUAUCCACAAGACUCCACCUCGCAUCCCAGAAGUUCAUCUUCCUGAGGAACCAUUCCUGCAGGUUGCUUCUGAGCUGAGACUUCAAAUCAACUGGGCUUUUGCGGUCCUUCAUGAUAUUGCAUCUGGCAGAGAAUUGAAGAAAUUCCUGAUCGUUAUUGCUGGCUUGUGGGUUCUUUCAAUUGUGGGGACUUGGUGCAAUUUCUUGACCUUGUUUUACAUAUCUUUUGUUUUGCUGCACACGGUGCCUGUCAUUUAUGAGAAGUAUGAAGACAAGAUAGACCCAUUUGCAGAGAAGGCAACUAUUGAAUUCAAAAAGCACUAUGCAGUGUUUGAUGCCAAGGUUCUCAGUAAGAUUCCGCAGGGGCUGAAAAACAAGAGGUCUUAGAAAGUCUGAAGUGUUUUGUUGUGCUUUAAAAGCUCUAGGUUUUGUAGUUGAGCUUCCCAUGCUGUUCAAGUGUUUGGGUUUUGUUAUUCAAAUGACUUUAUGUGGUCUUAGUUUCCAGAUUUAGGUUUGUGAUGUGCUUAUACGUAAUCAUGGGAAGCCUUUAAACAGCACAUUAGCCAUACGUUUAUUUUGACAACUUUAUGCUAUCCAAUUCUGUCUUGUACAUGGGUUGUCGCUUAUAUGAACAGUUAUGGUGGAUGUUAUUUCAUGCUGCUUCUCCUUUUGGUUGCGAGCAUGAUAUUUUGGUGCUUAAGUUUUAUGAAAGUUUAGCAUUGUGUCCCAAACAUACCUAAAUUAA